AUGGCGUACACCGGGCUGAUAUUGGCCGUGCUGACCAUCAUACUGUCGGUCGUGUGCUACUUUAAGAUACUGUACGAAUGGCACCGGAAGGUGCGCAUCCAAACCGUACGCCCUGCCCGGCUCCAGAAGCUGGCGGUGCGGGCCGCAACACCACAGCAAUCAACCACCGAGCUGAUGACGUUCCCGCAGGCACCCGGUCCGGUACCGUGGCCCAUCCUCGGCAGUCUCGCCUUCCUCGGCCAGUACGACGUACCGUUCGAGGGGUUUACGGCGCUCGCGAAGAAGUACGGCGAUCUGUACAGCAUCACGCUCGGCUCAACCCGCUGCCUCGUCGUCAACAAUCUCGACCUGAUCCGGGAGGUGCUGAACCAGAACGGGCGCUACUUUGGCGGACGGCCGGACUUCUUGCGCUUCCACAAGCUGUUCGGUGGUGAUCGGAAUAACUCGCUCGCCCUGUGCGACUGGUCGACCCUGCAGCAGAAGCGCCGCAACCUCGCCCGGAAGCACUGUUCGCCGAGCGAUGCCUCCAGCUACUACCAGAAGAUGAGCGACGUGGGCGUGAUGGAGAUGCACCGCUUCAUGGACCAGCUGGACGAGGUGGUGUGCCCGGGCAAGGACUUCAAGGUGAAGCCGCUGAUAAUGCAGGCGUGCGCGAACAUGUUCAGCGAGUACAUGUGCUCGGUCCGGUUCGACUACAACGACCAGGGCUUUAUGGCGAUCGUGCGCAACUUCGACGAGAUCUUCUGGGAGAUCAACCAGGGGUACGCGGUGGACUUUCUGCCGUGGCUGGCACCGUUCUACCACAAGCACAUGUGCAAGUUGACGCGCUGGUCGGCGGAGAUCCGGGACUUCAUACUCGAGCGGAUCGUGAACGAGCGGGAGCAAACGCUCGGCGACGACGACACGGAGCGCGACUUUGCCGAUGCGCUGCUGAAGAGCCUGCGGCUCGACCCGUCCGUUACGCGCGACACCAUCAUGUACAUGCUGGAGGACUUCCUCGGCGGGCAUUCGGCGAUCGGUAAUCUGGUGAUGCUGGCGCUCGGCUACAUUGCCAAGCAUCCGGAGGUGGGCCAUCGCAUCCAGCGCGAGAUCGACCGUAUUACCGAGCGGGGCAAGCGCAACGUGACGCUGUACGACACCGAGAGCAUGCCGUACACGGUCGCCACCAUCUUCGAGGUGUUGCGCUACUCGUCCUCGCCGAUCGUGCCGCACGUCGCGACGGAGGACACGUGCAUUGCCGGGUACGGCGUCACCAAGGGUACGGUGGUGUUCAUCAACAACUACGAGCUGAACACGAGCGAACGAUACUGGACCGAGCCGAAGCGCUUCAACCCGAGCCGGUUCAUCGAGACGGCGACGCUGGCCCAGAUCCGGACGGACCUGCGCGACUCCCCGACCGCCAAGCAGGACCUCACCAACAUCAUCAAGACGAACGGCGUUAGCAGCGAGAACGAGCGCACGCUACAGAUCGAGCGGGUGCGCAAGAACAUUCCGCACUUUCUGCCGUUCAGCAUCGGCAAGCGCACCUGCAUCGGGCAGAAUCUGGUGCGCGGCUUCAGCUUCAUCAUCAUCGCGAACAUACUGCAGAAGUACGACGUCCACUCGAACGACCUCAGCCAGAUAAAGAUGUACCCGGCGUGUGUGGCCGUCCCGCCCGACACAUACCCGCUCGCGUUCACACAGCGCUCGACAAUGGCGGCUUAGUAGCCCAGCA